UACACGAGGCAGCCAAACCCGAACUCUGAACUGAAGCGAAGUCCCCUGCACGCACACGCGCCGGCGUCGCUGCACGCACGUCAUCUCCUACCUUUUCCUUCCCCGCCGGCUCCCUGCCCUCAUGGACUCCGGCGAGUGCUCCAACUCCAACCCGUCCGCGUCUUCCCCGGCCGCCGCAGGCGUCUGGGCGAAGCUAGUGCCCGCGGAUUCUGCCUACCCGGAGGUGGCCGUCGCAGAGGGCGACGCCGUGGUCUGCUCCCUGGUCGCCCCCGCCGCAGGCGGGGAGGAGCUCGCGUGGUGCGAGAUUAGGCGCGGCGGCGACGCCUCGUCGGCGACGAUCCGGAACCUCAGCUCGGAUGCAAUUAUUGUUGAUGGAAGAGUUAUCCAACAAGAAUUAGUUGACAUUAAACCAGGGAGCAAGAUUGUCCCAGGACCCCAGGAAGAAGGUCAUUUAGUGUAUACCUUUGAUAUAACAGCUGCAAAGGACCAUGACAAAAACAAUGUUAAGAUUUUACUCGAUAUUGAGAAUGCAAAAUGCAGCAUAUGCUUGAAUUUGUGGCAUGAUGUUGUUACUGUUGCUCCCUGCUUCCACAACUUCUGCAAUGGCUGCUUCUCAGAGUGGUUGAGAAGGUCUUCGAGCAAGUCGCGCGAUAAAAGCCAGAGUGCUGCCUGUCCACAAUGUAGGACAUCGGUGCAAUCAGUUGGAAGGAAUCACUUCCUUCAUAAUAUUGAAGAGGCUAUACUACAAGCUUUUUCGUCACUACAGCGGUCUGAUGAUGAGAUCGCGUUGUUAGAGUCAUAUGCCUCAGUUAAAUCGAAUCUUGUUUUGGGAAAACAGAAAAAUCAAUCAAGAAAGUGCCCUUUGCCACCUGCAAGUGAUGAAAGCAACGAUGCUGAAUUUCCAUGUCCUCAAUGUGGUACAGAAUUUGCUGGAUUUAGAUGCAGUCCCCGAGCAGCACACAUACAGUGUAAUGGAUGUGGAGGAAUGAUGCCAGCUAGGCCUAACACCAGUAUACAAAAAUGUUUGGGGUGUGAUGGAUCAUUUUGUGGAGCUUAUUGGUAUUCCCAAGGAGUGAAUUCAAGUCAUUGUAAUCUAAUCUGCAACCAGGAAACUUUCAGGAUGAUCUCUCAGCACCAUAUCUCUAGACUUCCGGACACGCUUCAUGGGGGAAAUCCAUAUGAAAAAGAUAUCACAGAAAGGUGCAUACAGAAAUCUGGCAAAACGUUGCAAGCUGUAAUCUCUGAGUGGAUAGCAAAGUUUGACAAUAAGGAACUUGAUCGCUCAAGGCUGCAACUGAAUAAUGUUGAGGCAAUUACUUCCAGGACAUACCUUUGCAACCAUUGCUACAACAAGUUCGUUGAUUUUCUGCUGUAUUGGUUCCGCGUGUCAACCCCCAGAAAUCUUCUUCCAGCUGAUGCUGCUGACAGGGAUAGUUGCUGGUACGGUUUCAUGUGCCGUACCCAGCACCAUCGACAGGACCAUGCCAAGAAGCUGAACCAUGUAUGCCGUCCGACGAGAGGCAACCCCUAACUUGCCUGAUGUCUCUUGAAGCCGCUUCUCCAGCAACAGAGAAGAUUGUAUGUACAUAAUAGAGCAACACACACACCUUCCGAGUUUGAUUUGUGUGGUAGACCAUACUAAACUGUUUGUUUCCCUUCAUCAUCCAAUGUGGCAUACAUUCCAUGUUCCAAACUGUCAUGUUUAUGUUGUAUUCCCUUCACGGCCAAGCUCACCUCCUGGAGCUCA